AUGAAUUAUGCUGGUCAAGCAGAGAUGGGGCAAGAUGGCCCAAGUGCCGUAUGCGGUUUCCCAACCACUACCCUGGCGGCCGUCUUGGUACUUUGGCAGACUGUUCUCAACCUACUCGUGAGUGCAGAAACGGUAGGCGAGCAGAUCAACUCCGAACAAAGUGCCUGCGUUCAGUCGCUAUUUUCGGACAGGUACCGCAUUCCCUCAACAGCAUUCACCGCCACAAGCGAACAGGUUGACACCACCGGAUCUCGACGAUAUGCAGCCGACGCAUUGCGAACUGAAAAUACCGACUCCGCCUGGUGUCCACGCAACAGAGUCGGUCCUGAGUUGAAUGAAUUUGUCCAAGUGGAUAUGGGCGAACUUAAUGUGAUCACCAAACUCGUCAUCAGCGGUCUGCUAGUUGAAGGAGGAACUUCCCAACUGCUGGGUAGUAGCUCAGCCUUGGUACCCAAAUUUGUGGUUCUGGACCCCCCGGUGGUUGCUCGGUGGAUACGAAUCUAUCCAUAUCGUGAUUCACCCGCCUUUGUUUGUAUUCGGCUGGAGGCCUAUGGAUGUCGAUCUACAGAUGACCUUGUUGAGUACCAAAUUCCUGAGGGGAGUAUUGCCGUCCCACCGUACCACGCACCUCCCUCUUCAAACAUCCUACUGAAACCUCCAAAUGAUCGAACGAAAGACAAUCAUACUCGAUAUUAUCAAGCUGGGGGCGGCAGCGCUUUCUCUGACACGUCGUAUGAUGGCUACCGAAUUGAACCAGGAAGCCUUCUGGACGGGGGUUUAGGCUGUCUUACUGACCUUGGAAUAGCACCGCAGAACGUUGCCCCAACUCCUAUGGCUACCUCUGUCUCCAUACCUUCUAGCGUCCGCGGUGGAUCUUCAGAAGAGUCUAAUCGAUGGUUCGUUGGGUGGCAUCGAGAUCGGUGGCGGAUGUCAAAAACAGAAGGCAGAGAAGAUGUGGUCGAUAUGCUGUUCCGGUUCACUACGAUCCGUAGCUUUAAACGCCUGAAACUGUACGCAUCGAAUAACUACCGGGAGAAGGUUCGCCUACCGCGUCGUAUCGAAUUGCGGUUCAGCAUACGUGGAAUUCUCUUCUCAGGGCAACCUGUCAUCGCUCAAGAUUUUUUGCCUGACAAUCGAACAAAUGGCGUGAUGAGUAUUGAACUCGAUUUGAACGACCGGAUAGGCCGGGUUGUUCAAUUAAAGGCCUUUUUUGCCGAUGAAUGGAUGCUUUUCAGUGAGAUCAAGUUCCAGAGCCACUUGGCGACCGAUCCAAUACUGUUUGAUGAGUCCACCGGUACUCGAAGAUCCAAGAAGGAGCCCACAUCUUCUGGCAACACGGGAUCUGGCGUCACUGCGUUGCCAACGGAUCUUGUUGAUUUUUCUGCCCGUCACCUUCCCACAGUGAUCAUACUUGCCCUACUUAUCGUGGCCUUCCUUGUUGUAAUCGGUUUCACUUGUCUGCGCAUGAUGUGGAAAAGGAAACAGUGGCAUGCAGUCAAACAAACCCACGGUGGACGACGUGUGAACACCCGCAUGUUACCCGAAGGCACAACAGACCCGUGCGUCGAACGAUCGAAUGGCCGUCUUCCUACAACUGCGCCGCUUUUUAUAUCAAAUGGGACAACCCCUAAAAUCCCCAAUGAGCUUUCGGUGGACACCAACCCCGUGGAUUCGCCCUCUGAAGCCGACCCCUUCAGUCAUACACCAGCUGAUCAUGACCCUAGGAAAGCACCAGGAUUCUUCGCCGCACUAAGUAUAUCAUUAUGUUCACGAUCCAAGUCAAAACCGUCUCAGCGAGUCGUUCGUCUAGCCCCCACCAUUAUACCUGGUCAACCCCGGAGUGAUCGUGACACCCCCAAUGUUGCUACUCUUCCAGCCGCGGCUCUAUACCCCUACGCUACGCAUCAGCCGUCGUUGACAAAUGACCAAAUGAUCCAAAAUGGACAAUCCGGUCUGACUUUUAACUGCAAUGGCCAUUUUGGACAGAUCGUACCUCCCAAUCUCGUGAACGAAAUACAUCCGAUCGAUCAAUCCUAUUCACAGGGGCCUGAAGGGCAACCCCAACCUACAGCCGCUCACCUCGCCACGGACUGGUUUCUGCGUUCGGGCUACUCAAACAGCGCGACAAACUCGACCGGGGCCUCAGUUGUUGUGGGAGCAAUCAAUCCUGAAAUGAACUUGUAUACAACUGUUAAUGGAGAGUCAGAUGCGGAUAGCAACGGACCGAGUACAGUGGGUCCGGAGUAUGCGAGUGCUAAUCCGAAAUGGGCCGCGACUCUGGCACACACACAGCCGAAACUGUUACGACCGACAGAGCCGCCGUUUAUCACCACCAUGAGACACCUGAGUAGUGGUCUGUCUCCUCGAUUCGCUCCCCCCACAUCCAUUACUGUCAGUGGCGCUCAGACCACAGCUCAACCGGGGUCAUCCUACACUCAUCAUCCACAUCCGAAUAACCUGUCCAAUCAACCACUAAUUUACUAUAACCCCAACGUUUCCACCGGUCACGUGGCCAUAACAGAUGCAAGACCGGUCCAAUUCUACGAGCCCUACUCACAACCGAUGACAUCGAUUCCAGGUAUCUACAUCCCUCCUCAAUUCGCGCAUCUUCUGCGACCAACCACAAUGGGUCAACACACUAACACAAUUUCACCAGGAGUGACCAGUUUGGAAACGCCAACCAUCUCACUUCGUUGCCAGGAUACCUCGGUCGUCCAUUCGGUUGUUGAUAGUCAAGAAAACUGUGGGAGAUCAGAUGGACUAUACUGCACUCCCAACGAGACCAGAUUGAUGUCUCACCGGACUCAGAAGCCGCAGCACCAACCUCAAAUGUUAGCAGACCCCGGGCCGUGGAUCAAAGCUAACUGCUUCGACGCAGGCGAUGCGCGUUGUCCACCGGUUCCUUCGACCCCACCACCACCCCCACCAUCACGACCCACGCCUUCUUCGAAAUUGUCCCUUGAUGGAUAACACCAUACGCGACUAGUCGCCACGUCUCGUGAUUCCCAAACGAACCAAUUGGCCUCUUCCAACGCAGACAUAAUAGUCCAUUGAUACUUUUGUUCCGGUGACUUAUCCGAUACUGCUGACAGUCUUUCCAGAUCUUCGCCAUUCUUUGUUUGUAUCCACUGUCCACUGUUUCAACGUUUCGUCCAACUUGAACAUCAUUCAUGGAAGUCAAACAUAUUCAACCGUUCCGUUGUGUGCCGUCUUCUGGGCUUCCACUCAUCUCGAAGGGUAGAGUGCAAACAACUCGAUUCUCUCCUCGAAUCAACUGCGCCACCAAAUUGCAGAACGUACACUUUUGUAUAAAAAAUAUACAGUACUAGUUCAAGAAAUUAUCGCUCAUCAUCAUCCCUUUACCAGAACUGAUUCUUCCAUUACCGGACACUCGCUCAUAAGUACUGUGAAGUGAACUCCCCCCCACCCCGCCAAUUUCACAAUUUAUUCCCACAGCCAAAAAGUUUCUCCAUUUUCCGUGUCGCCAGUAUAACUGGAUACAUAUCGAUUGAAUGACAUCGAUACAACCCCCCCUUGAAGUGUAAAAGUAUGCAAUUCCAAUUAUUGCGUCAGAUAAACAAUCAGCUGUUCUUUUUUGCCAUAUUUGAACUCAAUAAAAC